GGUGUUUGCUUUUCUGCCCCCGUGCUGCCCCUGCCUGCGUGCCGGCACCCGGGCCUUGCACCCAGGGCGCAGGCUGCAGGCCAGGGAACCGGAGGCGCGAAAACACGGGAGAGGAGCAGCACCCACCCUGCGGGGUGAGCGCCCUGGGGCGGUGGAAGCAGCCUAGUGUUCAUAGGUGCCAAAAAAGGUGCUCCCUCCUGCCGCUGCCGUCCUGCCCCCUUCCCUUUGAUCGGUCUGGGUACGCACCAGACCCUUGGAGGCAUGAUUCAUCUCACCAACCUUGCAGAAAAGCUGGCCUUUUCUGCUAGUCUGGUGAGCUGAACUGGCUUGCUAAAAGGCGAGGGAGCACGUUAAUGGCAGAGCAGGCACAAGGGAAGCAGCGGGGAGUGCACAAUAGCAAUAGGAGUAGGAUAGGGACAGCAAAUGCUCUGUCAGCUCCGUUCUCCUCUCUGAUACCACCCUCAGGGUUGAGAGGCAAAAUGGUACAUGCGGAAGCGUUUUCACGUCCCCUGAGUCGGAACGAAGUGGUCGGUUUAAUUUUUCGUUUAACAAUAUUUGGUGCCGUAACAUAUUUUACCAUUAAAUGGAUGGUAGAUGCCAUUGAUCCAACCAGAAAGCAAAAAGUAGAAGCUCAGAAACAGGCUGAAAAGCUAAUGAAGCAGAUUGGAGUGAAAAAUGUCAAACUUACUGAAUAUGAAAUGAGCAUUGCUGCACAUCUUGUAGAUCCACUUAGUAUGCACGUAACCUGGAGCGAUAUUGCAGGUUUGGAUGAUGUUAUUACGGAUUUGAAAGACACAGUCAUUUUGCCCAUCAAGAAGAAAUAUUUGUUUGAGAAUUCCAGACUCUUACAGCCCCCAAAAGGAGUACUUCUCUAUGGCCCUCCUGGUUGUGGUAAAACACUGAUUGCCAAAGCCACUGCAAAGGAAGCAGGUUGUCGAUUUAUUAAUCUCCAGCCUUCAACACUGACUGACAAAUGGUAUGGGGAGUCUCAAAAACUGGCUGCUGCUGUCUUCUCCCUUGCCAUAAAGCUCCAACCGUCCAUCAUUUUUAUUGAUGAGAUAGAUUCCUUCUUACGAAGUCGCUCGAGUUCUGACCACGAAGCUACAGCUAUGAUGAAAGCUCAGUUCAUGAGUCUGUGGGAUGGUCUGGACACUGAUUAUAAUUGUCAAGUAAUAGUGAUGGGAGCUACCAACCGUCCUCAGGAUCUUGACUCUGCAAUCAUGAGAAGAAUGCCGACCCGGUUUCACAUCAACCAACCUGCUCUGAAACAGAGAGAAGCAAUCCUGAAGCUAAUUUUGAAAAAUGAAAAUGUGGACAGGCAUGUAGAUCUCCUAGAAGUUGCUAAAGAAACUGAUGGCUUCUCAGGAAGUGACCUGAAAGAAAUGUGCCGGGAUGCAGCACUCCUUUGUGUCAGGGAAUACGUUAAUUCUGCCUGUGAAGAAGAGAACCAUGAUGAUGAUGAAAUCCGGCCCGUGCAGCAACAGGAUCUACACAGGGCAAUUGAAAAGAUGAGAAAAUCGAAGGAUGCCACGCUCCAGAAUGUUUUGAUGCAUGUUAGUUUAGAUUAAGACUCAAGAGUAUGUUUGCAGUUUCUGAUGUGAUUUAGUUUGUUGACUUCUGUAAUCAGUUAGUAAAAACAACGUAAGGGGGUGGGAGUGGGGAUGUUCUUUGAAGAAGGGAGUUAUGUUUCUGGAAUUGUUUUUAUACAACAAAUUCUAAGUUAUUGAAAUUUAGUAAUGUGCGAUUAGAAAUGUAACAAUAGAUCAUGAAGUGGAACAAUUAGCCCAGACCAAGAGGCAACUGCCUGUGUUCUGUCCCAUAAUCGAUCCGCUGUGUAGCCUUAAAGCAGGUUCUGAUGUGGUGCACGGGUUCAGUGGGUCAGCUGUGUGGAGGGGAGAUGAUCCAUUACCAGUUUGUGUAUAUAUGUACAAGCGUGUGUGUAUGUAUGAAAUGUAUAUAUCCACACAUUUUUUUAUAUAUAGACAUAAUCUGUAGAUAACUUGAGUAUGGAAAAUCUUUUCUACUUACUGAAUCAAACCAAAUCAGAAGAUGUAUAGAUUAAAGAUUCAUCUAUAUUCAGUUCA